ACUCCGUCUCAACAAAAAAAAAAAAAAAAAAAAAGAAAACCUUCACGUGUUCGCUGCUUUGAUGGGGGAGGUGGCCUCCCUAUGCCCCUCCACCCAUGUUUGCCUCUCCCUUUGGGCCCUCACCCCAGGUAGCCUCACUCUUGGGGGCAUUUCAUCUUCAGCAGCCCCUCCACACACACCUUCUGUCCCUGGCUCCGGGCCCUAUCUCUGGCCUGGACGCGCCCUUGCCUCGUCGCUGAACUCACCCCUGCCACUUCAGUAAGGAUCCCUGAGCCCCUGCCACCCGCAGGACAGAACCCUGUGGGCUUACUCCUGGCCUUAGGGUGGUCUCAAUGGCUAUAACCGCCUCUCCCCAGCCUGGUGCUCAGCCCUGCAUCUGUGCCUAGGAGGCGCUCGUUGAACGUGUAUGGAUGGGAUGAAUGAACGAACCCAGGACAUGAAUCAGACACGACUUACAUACCUGCCUUUACCUGUGGUCCUUCCUCCUGCAGUCUGCCACGCUGUUCCCACCAGUCUCAGCCACCUCAGGUCUGCAAGGCCCAUUCCGGCCUGACCCAGGCCCACCUUUACAAGAACCCUUCCAACCCCUCCCUGCGGUGCAGGUCCUUGCAGGUCCUUUCUGCUCCCUGGCCAAGCCCGGCCCGGCCCUGCCCUGACACCCUCUUCCCUUUCAGGCCCCGCCCCUGCACUGGCACUGCUCCCUAAGGCCUUUCCAAGGCCCUGCCGUCUGUCCUGGACCCACCCUGAGCGCCCUCCUACCCUGACCCUGCUGUGCGCGGCCCCGCCUUCCUCCUUGGUCACGCCCCCGAUCCUAGCCCCGCCCCUACCUUGACCCAGCUUUGCAAGGCCAUGCUCAACCACGCCUCCCUCUUUGGCCACGCCCCUGGAUCCUGGUCCCGCCCCUACCUAAACCGUGCUUGCGCGUCCCCGCCUCCCUCGUUGGACCGCCCCGGGUCCUGGUCCCGUCCCUACAUUGACUCUGCUCAGCGACAGCCCCAUUCGGCCCCGCCUUCCUCCUUUGUAACGACUCCGGAUCCUAGCCCCGCCCCUGCCGUAACACUGCUCCGCAAGGCCAUGCUCAACCCCGCCUCCUGCUUGGGCCAAGCCCCUGGGUUCUGGCCCCUCCCCUACCUAAACCCUGCUUGAGCGGCCCCGCCUCCCUCUUUGGCCACGCCCCGGGUCCUUGGCCCGCCCCUACUCUUACACCACUCAGCGACACCCCGCUAGGCCCCGCCUUCCUCCUAGCCCCCUCCCAACCCCAGACCCAGGCGCCGCUCCCGAGCGUCUUCUACCCUGACCUGUUCUUCGAGGUUCCGCUCGGCCCCGCCCUUCUGCCGUGACCACGCCCCUGAGGCCUGGCCUGGAUCCUGCUCGGCCCCACCUUCGAGUCCCCGCCCCCUUCUUGGCCUUGGCCCCACCCACCCCUCCAGGCCCCGCCCUCGGCCCCCUUCCGGGCUCCGAACCGGCUUCACCUUCGCCUUGGCCGGGCCCCGAGACCCCGCCCCCCGCUUCAGGACCGUUGGCACCGGACUAACGGUUCCACCACGUCAGCCGCCCUGGACGCCCGCGGCCUGCCCCAGGCAGCCUGGCCCCUCCCUGCCUGUCCUGCGCCGAUACACUUUGAGUGGAUUCUGGCCAUUUGAGCAUUCUCUCCAACUCUCCGACCCCCAGUCUGCCCCCACAGGGGUCUCCCCCACCACUCCCCCGUCCCACAGCCUAAACCCCUCUUCGCCCUGAACCUCCCUUUUCCUCAUAUGGUGAAUGGGCACUGGCCCCGCUCAGACUCCCAGGAGCACCAGAGCUGGCCCUGAGCCAAGUCCUGCCCCACCAGGACCUGGGGACACAGGUGACUCAGACCCGACUCAGGAAGGCUCAGGUCCUGCUGGCAUCGGCGGAGGUGGUGAGAAGGUGAUCAGAGCUGGGAUGGGGGACUCCCCAGGCAGAGGGGCACCCCAGAGGAGGCACAGGGCCCAGCCUGGUCGGGCUGGGAAGUACGAACGGAGACCAGAAGGCUGAGGACGGGUGCACCGGGCGGCCGGAACCCAAGAGCAGGGGCUUGGUGAGGAGGGCACUGCUAGAGAGUUGGCAGGUGGGGGGCCAGUUGCUAGCGUCUAGGGCUGGUUUGCCCAUUCCUCAUAGGGGGCCAAACCAGGGCCCCCAGUGCAGAGCUAGAGCCAGACCCACAUUCCUAAACCUGCUAGUGGAGAAGAUUCCAGGAUCUUCCGCCGAUGUGCUGUCUGCCUCCAUCACCCCCGUCAGAGUUAUGGUGCCAGCCAGGGGAUGAGGAGGGGGGAUGGCCAUGCCUGACCCUCAUGCUGUGUUUUGAGAUAUAACAUAUAGCCCGGGGGUCCCAUCCAGUCAGUCAACAGACGACUAAGCCUCUAAGCUGGUGCCACGUGGGGAGAGGGGCAGGAGGCCGUCAGCGAAACCAGGAGGAGCCCCACCAGCAUGGGCAGCCUCGCCCAGAGAGAAGGUCUCCAAGAUGAUGAGGACAAGAACUCAGCAUUCACCUGGGAGGUCCAGGCCAACAACCGCGCCUACAACGCACAGUUCAAGGAGAAGGUGUUCCUGUGCUGGCGGAAGAAGAAAUACAAGACCAACGUCAUCCGCACAGCCAAGUACAACUUCUUCUCGUUCCUGCCGCUGAACCUGUACGAGCAGCUCCACCGGGUGUCCAACCUGUACUUCCUCCUCAUCAUCAUCCUGCAGAGCAUUCCCGACAUCUCCACGCUGCCCUGGUUCUCGCUCGGCGCCCCCAUGGUCUGCCUCCUCUUCAUCCGUGCCACCCGGGACCUGGUGGACGACAUCGGGAGACACAAGAGCGACAGAGCCAUCAACAACAGACCCUGCCAGAUUCUAAUGGGGAAGAGCUUCAAGCGGAAGAAAUGGCGGGAUCUGUGCGUGGGGGAUGUGGUCUGUCUCCACAAGGACAACAUCGUCCCGGCUGACAUGCUCUUGCUGGCCAGCACGGAGCCCAGCAGUCUGUGCUACGUGGAGACGGUGGACAUUGACGGGGAGACCAACUUGAAGUUCAGACAGGCCCUGAUGGUCACUCACAAAGAACUGACCUCUGUAAAGAAGAUGGCGUCCUUUCAAGGCACGGUGACAUGUGAGGCGCCCAACAGCCGGAUGCACCGCUUCGUGGGGUGCCUGGAAUGGAAUGACGAGAAAUACUCCCUGGACAUUGGCAACCUCCUCCUCCGAGGCUGCAGGAUUCGCAACACAGACACCUGCUACGGAAUGGUCAUUUACGCCGGUUUUGACACAAAAAUUAUGAAGAACUGUGGCAAGAUCCAUUUGAAAAGAACCAAGCUAGACCUCCUGAUGAACAAGCUGGUGGUUGUGAUCUUCAUCUCCGUGGUGCUUAUCUGCCUGGUGUUGGCCUUCAGCUUCGGUUUCUCCGUCCGAGAAUUCAAAGACCAGCACUACUACCUCUCAGGGCUGCACGGGAGCAGUGUGGCCGCAGAGUCCUUCUUCAUCUUCUGGGGCUUCCUCAUCCUGCUCAGCGUCACCAUCCCAAUGUCCAUGUUCAUCCUGUCCGAGUUCAUCUACCUGGGGAACAGCGUCUUCAUCAACUGGGACGUGCAGAUGUACUACCAGCCGCAAGACGUGCCCGCCAAGGCCCGCAGCACCAGCCUCAACGACCACCUGGGCCAGGUGGAAUACAUCUUCUCGGACAAGACGGGCACGCUCACGCAGAACAUCCUGACCUUCAACAAGUGCUGCAUCAACGGCCGCAUCUACGGGCCGGAUUCGGAGGCCAGGACCCGACCUAAGGAGAACCCCUACCUCUGGAACAAGUUCGCCGACGGGAAGCUGCUUUUCCGCAACGCGGCCCUGCUGCACCUUGUGCGGAGCAACAGGGACGCGGCGGUGCGGGAGUUCUGGCGCCUGCUGGCCAUCUGCCACACGGUGAUGGUGCGGGAGAGCAGCGACCAGCUGUUGUACCAGGCGGCCUCCCCCGACGAGGGGGCGCUGGUCACCGCGGCCCGGAACUUCGGCUAUGUGUUCCUGUCCCGCACCCAGGACACCAUCACCAUCGUGGAGCUGGGGGAGGAGCGGGUCUACCAGGUCCUGGCCAUAAUGGACUUCAACAGCAUGCGCAAACGGAUGUCGGUGCUGGUCCGAAAGCCAGAGGGCACCAUCUGCCUGUACACCAAGGGCGCCGACACGGUCAUCUUUGAACGCUUGCACAGUAGAGGGGCAACGGAAUUUGCCACAGAGGCGGCCUUGGCUGCCUUUGCCCAGGAGACCCUGCGGACACUGUGCCUGGCCUAUAGGGAGGUGGCUGAGGACAUUUACGACGACUGGCAGCAGCGCCACCAGGAGGCCAGCCUCCUGCUGCAGAACCGGGCGCAGGCCCUGCAACAGGUGUACAACGAGUUGGAGCAGAACCUCAAGCUGCUGGGAGCCACAGCCAUCGAGGACAGACUUCAGGACGGCGUUCCUGAAACCAUCAAAUGUCUCAAGAAGAGCAACAUCAAAAUAUGGGUGCUCACUGGGGACAAGCAGGAGACCGCUGUUAACGUCGGCUUCGCCUGCGAGCUGCUGUCAGAUAAUAUGCUCAUCCUGGAGGAGAAGGAGAUUACCCGCAUCCUGGAGACCUACUGGGAAAGCAAUAACAACUUUCUAACCAAGAAGUCCCUGUCGCAGGUCAAGUUGGCCUUGGUCAUUAACGGAGACUUCCUGGACAAGCUGCUGGUGUCCCUGCGGAAGGAGCCGCGCGCCCUGGUGCAGAACGUGAACGUGGACGAGGCGUGGCAGGAGCCCGGCCAGUCCAGGAGGGAUUUCCUCUACGCCAGGCGCCUGUCCCUGCUGUGCCGGAGGUUCGGGCUCUCGCUGGCCGCGCUGCCGGCCGAGGAUCCGGCCGAGGAUUCUGGAGCUCGCCAUAGGUCCGAGGUGCUGCAGGAGCGCGCCUUCGUGGACCUGGCGUCCAACUGCCAGGCGGUCAUCUGCUGCCGCGUGACGCCCAAGCAGAAGGCCCUGAUGGUGGCCCUGGUCAAGAAGUACCACCAGGUGGUGACCCUGGCCAUCGGGGACGGUGCCAACGACGUCAACAUGAUUAAGACCGCGGACGUGGGCGUGGGGCUGGCGGGCCAGGAGGGCAUGCAGGCCGUUCAGAACAGCGACUUCGUGCUGGGCCAGUUCUGCUUCCUGCAGCGCCUCCUGCUGGUGCACGGCCGCUGGUCCUACGUGCGGAUCUGCAAGUUUCUGCGCUACUUCUUCUAUAAGACCAUGGCCAGCAUGAUGGUGCAGAUCUGGUUUGCCUGCUACAAUGGCUUCACUGCCCAGCCCCUGUAUGAAGGAUGGUUCCUGGCUCUUUUUAACCUCCUGUACAGCACCCUGCCAGUUCUCUACAUUGGGCUAUUUGAGCAGGACGUAAGCGCGGAGCAGAGCCUGGAACAGCCGGAGCUGUACUUGGCGGGGCAGAAGGACGAGCUCUUCAACUACUGGGUCUUCGUCCAAGCCGUCGCCCACGGCGUGGCCACCUCUCUGGUCAACUUCUUCAUGACGCUGUGGAUCAGCCGCGACACGGCGGGACCUGCCAGCUUCAGCGACCACCAGUCCUUUGCGGUCGUGGUGGCCUUGUCCAGCCUGCUGUCCAUCACCAUGGAGGUCAUUCUUAUCAUCAAGUACUGGACUGUCCUGUGCGUGGUGACCGUCCUUCUCAGCCUGGGUUUCUACGCCAUCAUGACCACCAUCACCCAGAGCUUCUGGCUCUUCAGAGUGUCCCCCAAGACCUUCCCGUUUCUGUACGCUGACCUCAGUGUGCUGUCCUCCCCCUCCAUCCUGCUGGUGGUCCUGCUGAGCGUGUCCAUAAACACCUGCCCUGUCCUGGCCCUCCGGGUCAUCUUCCCAGCCCUCAAGAAGCUGCUCGCCAAGGAGGAGAAGGUGGAGGAGGGCCCGAGUGAGGACCUUUUCGCCGUGGAGCCCUUGCCUCAUUUAUACCGCGAGUCUCGCGCCCGGCGUUCCAGCUAUGCCUUCUCCCACCGUGAGGGCUACGCAGACCUCAUCACUCAGGGCACCAUUCUGCGGAGGGGACCAGGGGUCAGCAGUGACAUAGCAUCUGAAUCCAUAGACCCAUCUGAUGAAGUGGCAUCUUCAAGCCCAAAGGAGUCACACUGGCAUCUCAGGAAAAUGUCCUUCCUGGGGAGGAAGAAGCGCCAGUCACAGGGGCAGGUGUCCUCCCUGGAAGUACAGCACCUCCCUACAACUAGCUCAUCAUUUUCUAUGGAUAGACAAUCCGCUUUUCAUUCAGAAAACCAACUCGCUGUCCCCAGAUAUGUGCUUACCAGCACCAGCAGGCUAUCUGGGUCUUUCUGGGAGCAAUUGCCAAGGGUACAGGAGAGGCCACUGUCACCCAAGCAGAGGCCACCUUCUGAGAAGUUGCUGUUGACCAAGGAGAGGUCAUGUUCUCACCAGGAGAAACCACCGUUGCACAGAGAAAGCCAGCUGUCAUCUUCUGAGAGCCAGCCACAACCUCUGGGGAGCCAGUCAUUGCUUUCGGGCCAGCUGACACUGGAGAGCCAGCCAGACUCCUCAGAGGAGAAGUCAGCAUUUUUGAAGCCCUCCACCCCGUUAUGGAAGAGCUGGCAAAAGGAGCCCCUCACCCCCAAGGAGGGGACGGUGCCACUUCCAGACAAGACGCACAAAUCUCAGGUGGAGACUCUGCCACCAAGUCUGGAGGAACCGUCCACGUCCACGAGCGAGCAGCCUAUGGAGGUGGAGCCCUGGCCCGCGGAGAAACAGUCCUCAUCAUCCAUGGAGUGGCUGCUGGUGCCUGGGGAGGAGCAGCCAUCCUUGCCCCCAGACGAGCAGUCAUUGCCUUCUGCAGAGGUGACCAAGGGUCAGCAGUGACAUAGCAUCUGAAUCCCUAGACCUGUCUGAUGAAGAGGCAUCUUCCAGCCCAAAGGAGUCACACUGGCAUCUCAGGAAGAAGCGCCAGCCAGUUCUGCUGCAAGUCAACCAGCAUGCAGGGGGCCUCCCUCUAAAGACAAGGGCUCCACCUGCUUUUCUUUUUCUAAUAGACCAGGGUCCAUCUGACCCCAGCGCUAA